GAUCGCCGGUGCGCUGUGUCCCUCGGACACAGCGGAUCACGGAAAGAGCCGAAGAUGUCGGCUCGGUCAUGUGAUCAGCUGUGUUCAAUCACAGCUGAUCACAUGGCACUGAUGAUCAGUGUGCCCUGAUGAUCAGUGUAGCGCCAGCAGUGCCAGCUGUCAGUGUCCAUCAGUGCCAGCAGUCAGUGCUCAUCAGUGCCACGUGCCAGUGCCCAUCAGUGCCACAUAUUAGUGCAUACCAGUGCAUAUCAAUGCCACAUAUCAGUGCCCAUCUGAGCUGCCUUUCAAUGUCACCCAUCAAUGCCAAUCAAUGCCACCUAUCAGUGCUGCCAAUCAGUGCCACCUAUCAGUGCCAGUCUGUCGCCUAUCAGUGCGCAUCAGUG